UCUCCACGAAGUGCCAGUGCUCCUCUCUUUUCCUCUAACGUGGACACGGAAAGUUUCCAGCUGCAGGCACACAGACAAGGCCCUUUUCCACACUCAAGCUCGCACUUUUUGCUUUUCUUUUUUUUUUUGUGUACUUUUUCUCUGUUCUUUCUUCUUUUUUCCCGAAACUUUUGUACAUCGAAAGCUUUCACCUUUGGCCUUUAUAUUCUCUUCCUCCUCUCGCUUCUCUGCCCACGCGUCGUGUUGUGUUUGUGUGUGUGUGUGUGUGUUGUGUUCUUGGCAUUGGCAAAGAACUCUGAGAAAGAAGCUCUUUUUCAACCAUGGAGGUUCCGCGCUUCCCCACCCUCCUGCUCUUCGUCGUCCUCUCGCGGACGUCUUGCUUCGCGAAUUCGCAGUCAUUCAUUGGAGUCAACUAUGGCCAGGUUGCGGAUAACCUCCCGCAGCCGUCUGCCACCGCAAAGCUGCUUCAGUCAACGUCCAUCGAGAAGGUCCGGUUAUAUGGAACGGACCCCGCCAUAAUUAGGGCUCUAGCAAACACAGGUAUUGGAAUUGUCAUCGGCGCGGCAAAUGGCGACAUUCCUGCUCUGGCAAAUGAUCCUAACUUUGCAAAGAAUUGGGUCAACGCGAACGUGGCUCCCUUCUAUCCCUCGAGCAAAAUCAUCCUCAUCACCGUGGGCAAUGAGGUAAUGACCUCCGGAGACCAUAAUUUGAUGACUCAGCUGUUGCCGGCGAUGCAGAACAUGCAGAAUGCGCUUAAUGCCAUGUCCCUGGGAGGGAAAAUCAAGGUGUCCUCGGUGCAUUCCAUGGCCGUGCUUAAGUCAUCCGAGCCACCAUCUUCCGGUAGUUUUGACCCCAGCUUCAGUGAUGUGAUGAAGGGAAUCUUAGGGUUCAACGAUGCAACUGGUUCGCCAUUCGCUAUCAAUCCGUAUCCCUAUUUCGCGUACAGGAGUGAUCCUAGGCCUGAGACAUUGGCUUUCUGCUUGUUCCAACCAAAUGCUGGGAGGCUCGAUACCAACACCAAGAUUAAGUACACCAAUAUGUUUGAUGCUCAGGUGGAUGCUGUUCGCUCUGCAUUAAACUCGUUUGGGUUCAAAAAUGUGGAGAUUGUAGUGGCUGAGACCGGUUGGCCAUACAAGGGAGACAGCAACGAGGUUGGCCCUAGCAUGGAGAAUGCGAAGGCCUAUAAUGGUAAUUUGAUAGCUCACCUCCGCUCGAUGGUUGGAACUCCCUUGAUGCCUGGGAAAUCAGUAGAUACGUAUCUGUUUGCCCUGUACGAUGAGGAUUUGAAGCCUGGACCAGCUUCUGAGCGUGCAUUUGGUCUUUUCAAGUCAGAUCUUUCCAUGAACUACGACGUCGGCCUUUCCAAGAGUAGCCAGAUGAAGACUCCUGCAGCGCCAAAGACACCUGUUGGUCCAUCGCCAAAGACACCUGUCGGUCCAUCGCCAAAGCCCGAGAAAGCAACUUGGUGCAUACCCAAGACUGGGGUGUCGGAUGCCCAGUUGCAGGCGAACUUGGAUUACGCUUGUGGCCAUGGAAUUAAUUGCCAGCCGAUCCAACCUGGCGGGGCUUGCUUUGAGCCAAACACCGUGGCAUCACAUGCUGCAUAUGCCAUGAAUCUUUACUACCAGAACUCUGACCACAGUCCUGGGAACUGCGACUUCUCGCAGACGGCCACAUUAUCACCCAACAACCCAAGUUACAAUGGCUGUGUCUACCCAUGUGGAGCACGCUGAAGGCGGAGGAGGAUCAUUAUUCUUGCAAGUAAAACCAAGAAGAAGUGAACUUGUGGCGGAUGCAUUAGGGUACUUAUCCUAUUUGUGCUGUACUUUUACUGCGGUGGCAAAAUCCGACAGAAAUUCGAUCCUACAUGGUGUGUCGGACUGUAGCAAUUACUCAAGCUCCGAUGGCUUAUGUUACAUGUAUAGGAAUUCUAUUGCGCCAAUCAAGUGAUCUGUCAAAGUGAUCUUUAAUGUUUAACUGCAGAUAUGUUCAUUUCUCAUAGUCACGGAUCGGCUUGUGAGCGAAUGUACCGGCCGAAACACUUGCUGAUCUCCAGAUACACCGGUCUUUUAAGUAUUUUAUCUGAGAA